CUUCAGUUAUCGGUUCACGACGCACCCACCGAGGCCAAAGGCCACCACCAUUCCUUCCCCAACUCUGCAGGCUGCUCGUCGCCCUCCCUCCACGCCGGACGCGCCCCGAUCCAGAUCCAGGGGCGUAACAUGGCAUCAAAACGUAUCCUCAAGGAAUUAAAGGACCUGCAAAAGGACCCUCCAACGUCAUGCAGUGCAGGUCCUGCUGGUGAGGAUAUGUUCCACUGGCAGGCAACCAUCAUGGGUCCUCCUGAUAGUCCAUAUGCUGGAGGUGUUUUCUUAGUGAACAUUCAUUUCCCCCCGGACUACCCUUUCAAGCCUCCAAAGGUAUCUUUUAAGACGAAGGUCUUCCAUCCAAACAUCAAUAGUAAUGGAAGCAUAUGUCUCGACAUUCUUAAGGAGCAGUGGAGCCCUGCUUUGACAAUCUCUAAGGUUUUGCUUUCUAUCUGCUCGCUGCUUACUGAUCCCAACCCAGACGAUCCUCUUGUCCCUGAGAUUGCUCACAUGUACAAGACGGAUCGGCCUAAGUACGAGGCAACAGCCCGCAGCUGGACCCAGAAAUAUGCCAUGGGAUGAAAAUGAAAUGAAGUCGAAACUCCAUAUUCGGCAUUACUGCUUAAAUGCAGACGAUUGUGGUGUUGCCCCAUGAAACUGUCUGUGGGGACGUAUGUUCUUCCAUUCCUUGUCGCCCGUGUGCAUUCUGAUCCAUCUAAGGAUCGAAUGCUAGUCCAACAUCAACCUACCAUUGCCGUCGAUAAUGAGAUGACUUGUGCUUUCUGUUAUAA